GCUCUCUGACUUCCCUUCCGCGUUAAGAAUGACUCCUGAAUCAAUGGCUUCCAGUAUCCGGGAUUCCAGGUUCUGUAUGUCCUACGAAAAACCAACUUCAGAUGCCGAAUAGCGCGGUCAUCAAUUUUCUCUCUCGCCAACUUCACAUCGGUGACGUAGGUAGAGGUAGUGGUUUUGUCGCAAUCGUGUUCCUGCAUCAAUUUUCAGAGGUUGGAAACAUUCGUCGACGAAACAUGAUCAGGAAUGAGUUCUUCCGACAGUUUGGGUUCCAAAUACGCAGUGGCCAGGAUGGCCGAGGUCAUGAUAUCCAGCAACAAAAUGUUGUACUUGGUCCAGAAGAAGGUUUACGACGCUUCCCUCGAGGUCGAAGCGAUGGAGGAAUUUCCGGCCGUCUGUAGAACUUCGAGCACCUGUUUCGGCCGUGGUGAAAAAAUUGCACUUCAACAAACGCCCACGAGUAGAAGCACGAUUAUACCAACGCCACCGGAUGCCAAAUGCGUCCGAAACAAGAACUUGAAGGAGCUUUACCAGAAGUUGAUGGAAAUCGAGGGUGUUGGCCGAAAUCAGUGGCUAAACGCGUUUUUGUACGUGAGCAGCUACAUGCGAGUCCCUCGUUUUUUGGCCAGAACCGAGUUUGACCAGCCUAAAAAAUUCGUUCAACGACAGACGCUUCUUCUCGACGGUCCUUAUCCUGGGAUGAAAAACGAUUUGAUCGUCACCGAGAAGAAAGCUUCUAACGGCAGAAUUAAUGGAAGGCUUCCAGCGCACGUCGUCGAAUCUAGUCGCCCUUCGAUUUCCGUGAGGAACGUAGAACUCGAAGAGACUUCAUCGACGCCAAAAUCUACUCCAAGAUUCGCUUGCGAUUGUCUCGGACUCGGUAAUUCUUCGCCGGGUUCUUCGGAAAUUGGAAAAAGACGAUUUUUAGUUGACAAGAGACUUGAACAAGGCUUUCAAAAGCAGCUGGAUUAUUGCUUGGUAUAA